AUGGUCUAUUUUUUCUUUCUUACUUUCUUCAACUUUUUUUCUUUCUACCUUCUUCUUGUUCUUUCUCACUUUUUACAUUCUUCCAAUUUCUUUCUUUCUUUCUUUCUUUCUUUCUUUCUUUUCUACCUUCUCGUUCUUUCUCUCUUUUUACAUUCUUCCAAUUUCUUUCUUUCUUUCUUUCUUUCUUUUCUACCUUCUCGUUCUUUCUCUCUUUUUACAUUCUUCCAAUUUCUUUCUUUCUUUCUUUCUUUCUUUCUUUCUUUCUUUCUUUCUUUCUUUUCUACCUUCUCGUUCUUUUCUCUUUUUCAUUCUUCAAUUUCUUUCUUUUUUUCUUUCUUUUCUUUCUUUCUUUCUUUCUUUCUUUCUUUUCUACCUUCUCGUUCUUUCUCUCUUUUUACAUUCUUCCAAUUUCUUUCUUUCUUUCUUUCUUUCUUUCUUUCUUUCUUUCUUUCUUUUCUACCUUCUCGUUCUUUCUCUCUUUUUACAUUCUUCCAAUUUCUUUCUUUCUUUCUUUCUUUCUUUCUUUCUUUCUUUCUUUUUCUUUCUUUUCUCUUUCUUCCAAUUUCUUUCUUUUUUCUUUCUUUCUUUUCUUUUCUCGUUCUUUCUUUUUACAUUCUUCAAUUUCUUUCUUUCUUUCUUUCUUUCUUUUCUACCUUCUCGUUCUUUUCUCUUUUUACAUUCUUCCUUUCUUUCUUUCUUUCUUUCUUUUCUACCUUCUCGUUCUUUCUCUCUUUUUACAUUCUUCAAUUUCUUUCUUUAUUUCUUUCUUUCUUUUCUACCUUCUCGUUCUUUCUCUCUUUUUACAUUCUUCCAAUUUCUUUCUUUCUUUCUUUCUUUCUUUCUUUCUUUCUUUUCUACCUUCUCGUUCUUUCUCUCUUUUUACAUUCUUCCAAUUUCUUUCUUUAUUUCUUUCUUUCUUUUCUACCUUCUUUCUUUCUCUCUUUUUUUUUCCAAUUUCUUUCUUUAUUUCUUUCUUUCUUUUCUACCUUCUCGUUCUUUCUCUCUUUUUACAUUCUUCCAAUUUCUUUCUUUCUUUCUUUCUUUCUUUUCUACCUUCUCGUUCUUUCUCUCUUUUUACAUUCUUCCAAUUUCUUUUUUCUUUUCUUUCUUUCUUUCUUUCUUUCUUUUUCUUUCUUUCUUUCUUUCUUUUCUUCUUCGUUCUUUCUCUCUUUUACAUUCUUCCAAUUUCUUUCUUUAUUUCUUUCUUUCUUUUCUACCUUCUUUCUUUCUCUUUUUACAUUCUUCAAUUUCUUUCUUUCUUUCUUUCUUUCUUUCUUUUCUACCUUCUCGUUCUUUCUCUCUUUUUACAUUCUUCCAAUUUCUUUCUUUCUUUCUUUCUUUCUUUCUUUCUUUCUUUCUUUCUUUCUUUCUUUCUUUUCUACCUUCUCGUUCUUUCUCUCUUUUUACAUUCUUCCAAUUUUUUCUUUCUUUCUUUCUUUCUUUCUUUCUUUCUUUUCUACCUUCUCGUUCUUUCUCUCUUUUUACAUUCUUCCAAUUUCUUUCUUUCUUUCUUUCUUUCUUUCUUUUCUACCUUCUCGUUCUUUCUCUCUUUUUACAUUCUUCCAAUUUCUUUCUUUCUUUCUUUCUUUCUUUCUUUUUCUUUUCUUUCUUUCUUUUUUUUCUACCUUCUCGUUCUUUUUCUUUUUACAUUCUUCCAAUUUCUUUCUUUCUUUCUUUUCUUUUCUUUCUUUCUUUUCUUUUCUACCUUCUCGUUCUUUCUCUCUUUUUACAUUCUUCCAAUUUCUUUCUUUUUUCUUUCUUUCUUUCUUUCUUUCUUUUCUUUCUUUCUUUUUUCUUUCUUUCUUUCUUUUCUACCUUCUCGUUCUUUCUCUCUUUUACAUUCUUCCAAUUUCUUUCUUUUUUCUUUCUUUCUUUCUUUCUUUCUUUCUUUCUUUCUUUCUUUUCUACCUUCUCGUUCUUUUCUCUCUUUUUACAUUCUUCCAAUUUCUUUCUUUAUUUCUUUCUUUCUUUUUCUUUCAUUCUUCCAAUUUCUUUCUUUCUUUCUUUCUUUCUUUCUUUUCUACCUUCUCGUUCUUUCUCUCUUUUUACAUUCUUCAAUUUCUUUCUUUCUUUCUUUCUUUCUUUCUUUCUUUUUUUCUUUCUUUCUUUCUUUUCUACCUUCUCGUUCUUUCUCUCUUUUCAUUCUUCAAUUUCUUUCUUUCUUUCUUUCUUUCUUUCUUUCUUUCUUUCUUUCUUUCUUUCUUUUCUACCUUCUCGUUCUUUCUCUCUUUUUACAUUCUUCCAAUUUCUUUCUUUCUUUUCUUUCUUUUCUACCUUUCUUUCUCUCUUUUUACCAAUUUCUUUCUUUCUUUCUUUCUUUCUUUCUUUCUUUCUUUCUUUCUUUCUUUCUUUCUUUUUACCUUCUUUCUUUCUCUCUUUUUACAUUCUUCCAAUUUCUUUCUUUCUUUCUUUCUUUCUUUUUUACCUUCUCGUUCUUUUCUCUUUUUACAUUCAAUUUCUUUCUUUCUUUCUUUCUUUUCUUUCUUUCUUUCUUUUUUCUUUUUACCUUCUCGUUCUUUUCUCUUUUUACAUUCUUCCAAUUUCUUUCUUUCUUUCUUUCUUUCUUUCUUUCUUUCUUUCUUUUUCUUUCUUUCUUUCUACCUUCUCGUUCUUUCUCUCUUUUUACAUUCUUCCAAUUUCUUUCUUUCUUUCUUUCUUUUCUUUCUUUCUUUUCUACCUUUCUUUCUUUCUCUUUUUACAUUCUUCCAAUUUCUUUCUUUCUUUUCUUUCUUUCUUUCUUUCUUUCUUUCUUUCUUUUCUACCUUCUUUCUUUCUCUUUUUACAUUCUUCAAUUUCUUUUCUUUCUUUCUUUCUUUCUUUCUUUUCUACCUUUUCUUUCUCUUUUUUCUUUUCUUCCAAUUUCUUUCUUUCUUUCUUUCUUUCUUUCUUUCUUUCUUUCUUUCUUUUCUACCUUCUCGUUCUUUUCUCAUUUCUUCCAAUUUCUUUCUUUCUUUCUUUUUUCUUUCUUUCUUUUUUUUCAAUUUCUUUCUCUUUUUUUCUUUCAAUUUCUUUCUUUCUUUCUUUCUUUCUUUCUUUUCUUUCUUUCUUUCUUUCUUUUCUACCUUCUCGUUCUUUCUCUCUUUUUACAUUCUUCAAUUUCUUUCUUUCUUUCUUUCUUUUCUUUCUUUCUUUCUUUUUUCUUUAUUUCUUUCUUUCUUUUCUUUUCUUUUCUCUUUUUACAUUCUUAAUUUCUUUCUUUAUUUCUUUCUUUCUUUUUACCUUCUCGUUCUUUCUCUUUUUACAUUCUUCCAAUUUCUUUCUUUCUUUCUUUCUUUCUUUUCUACCUUCUCGUUCUUUUCUCUUUUUACAUUCUUCCAAUUUCUUUUCUUUCUUUCUUUCUUUCUUUCUUUCUUUCUUUUCUUUCUUUUCUACCUUCUCGUUCUUUCUCUUUUACAUUCUUCCAAUUUCUUUCUUUAUUUCUUUUCUUUCUUUUUCCUACCUUCUCGUUCUUUUUCUCUUUUUUUCUUCCAAUUUCUUUCUUUCUUUCUUUUCUUUCUUUUCUUUUUACCUUCUCGUUCUUUCUCUCUUUUUUACAUUCUUCAAUUUCUUUCUUUCUUUUUUCUUUCUUUCUUUCUUUCUUUCUUUCUUUCUUUCUUUUCUACCUUCUCGUUCUUUCUCUCUUUUUACAUUCUUCCAAUUUCUUUCUUUCUUUCUCCCAAUUUUUUUCUUUCUUUCUUUCUUUUUACCUUUUCUUACCUUCUCAAGAUGAAGAGAUGGCCUACGUCUGUAAAGAAUUUAUUUUUUGUUUUACUUUUUUCACAACGACAAUCUGUUAAUAUCUAUCGAUCUCAAUAUACCCAUAUCUAUCUAUCUAUCUAUCUAUCUAUCUAUCUAUCUAUCUAUCUAUCUAUCUCAAUAUGCCCAUAUCUAUCUAUCUAUCUAUCUAUCUAUCUAUCUAUCUAUCUAUCUAUCUAUCUAUCUAUCUCAAUAUGCCCAUAUCUAUCUAUCUAUCUAUCUAUCUAUCUAUCUAUCUAUCUAUCUAUCUAUCUAUCUAUUAAGUACAACAAAUCAAUACUUCGUCUCAGUUUAAUUUUGUAA